AUGACAUACUAUUUUUAUUAAUAUGUUUACAACAGAUUGGCGUUUAGAUUUGCUAAAUCAAAAUCGGUACCUGUGGUGGAUGUUACAUAAUUUCUUUCUAGAAAAGGUGAUUCAUCAAAUGAAUGUGGUUAAGUAGCUGAGGCUCUACAUAAUUAUGGUGCUGUAUGCAUAAAAGAUCCAAGAGUAAAUGAUCGUCAUAAUGUUGACUUUCUUGAUAUGAUGGAAAAGUAUUUUGAGAAUAGAGCGGCAAAAUUCUACAAUGAUGAGAAAGUAUAAUUGUUUUUAUAAUGUCUAGGUAGAAGAUAUAUUUCCAAAUUAUUCAUAUUAAGUUGGAGCUACUCCAGAGUUUGUAGAGAAAGCUCGAACUCAUACAAAUGUAAUCAGAUAAUACACAAAGGAAAAUGAAGCAUAUACUCCUUAACCAGCUCCCUAUGUAUUAAAAUAGAUAAUUUAAUUUUAGGAUGCUAAAUGGAGGUUUUUUUGGCCUAUUGAUGAUUCUGGUAAGAGAACUAAAGAUGAAGAGUAUAUAUACUAAAUUAAACUAUUAGUUUUAAACCUCCAAGAUUUAGACCAAAGGAUGUUCCUUAAUUUGGAGAGAGAAUGGAAUAAUGGGGUAAAAUGAUGAUUAAUGGAUGUUUAACUGUAGCAGAAAUGGCUGCAAGAGGCAUGAGUAUACCUGCUGAUACAUUUACAACUAGAAUGUAAGGUGGUCCACAUCUACUUGCACCAACUGGAUCUGAUUUAGAUAGACAUAAACUUGGAACUGUAUUUGCAGGAUUUCAUUAUGAUCUUAAUUUCUUAACUAUUCAUGGAAAAAGUCGCUAUCCAGGUCUUUAUGUAUGGUUAAGGAAUGGAGAAAGAAUUUCUGUUGCUGUUCCUGAAGGACAUCUUUUAUUAUAAGCUGGUGCCUAAUUUGAUUUACUGACUGGAGGAUAUGUUACUUGUGGUUAUCAUGAAGUACCUAAUCUAUUUUAUAUAUUAAAUUAGGUCAUAUAUACUGAUGAUGCCAAAAAAAAAUAUGAAGAAAAUAAAAAAACUGGUAAAAGUACCUGGAGAGUUUCUUCUACUUUAUUUUCACAUAUUAAUUCUGAUGUCACUCUAUAGCCCUUAGAUAAAUUUGCUAAAUAAGGAUUACCUGAUAAAUAUAAACCUAUCAAAGCUUUUGAUUAAGUCUAAUAAGAAUUAGAGGCUAUCAAAUUAAAAUGA